AUGAGCACAUUCCUCCCACCAAAUACCAUUCAACGAAUUUCGAAAGAAAUUAUGGACUUGCAAAAGAACAAGAUUGAUGGCAUUGAAAUUCUCACGUACGAUCCUGUUCGAAAUGUUGACUUGUUGAGCGAUCUCAGUGAGAUUUAUGCUUGUAUCGAUGGUCCACAAGGCACUCCUUUCGAAUCUGGUAAAUUUGUCGUCAAAUUGGUCAUGGAUCAAGAAUUUCCAAGUAAACCUCCAAAAGGUUACUUUGUCACCAAAAUCUUCCAUCCCAAUGUUUCUCCAAGAGAAGGUGAGAUUUGCGUGAAUACAUUAAAGCGAGAUUGGAAGAGUACUUUGGGAUUUAAGCACGUUCUCAUGGUUAUUCGAUGUCUCAUGAUUGAACCAAAUCCAGAUAGUGCUUUGAACGCAGAAGCUGGACGUUUAAUUCAAGAUAACUAUGAAGCAUUUGCGAAUAAGGCUAAAAUGUUCACUGAUAUUUAUGCCAAACAACAAGGUUUAUCUUCGCCAUCUGCUGAAAGCAGCAAUGUUGAUACUCAAUCUCUGAAUAAGACCUCUGCAUUCACUCCAACCACCCCUAGUGACGAGAAUUCUGAUGUCAAGGAAAAUCUCUGUAACAACAACACACCACAAUCACAGUCAGUUCAAAAGAAACCACUGCUCCUCAAAAAACCAACAUCCUCAACAUCUUCGACCACCACUGCAAAACCAACAAGCCUAAAGAGACUCUAA